CGCAACGCUUUGGCUGUCGAUUCUCAGUCGUAGUCGACAUUUAGGCGUUGAGCAUUGUACGCUUAACGGUUAACCGAAGCAUUGGUAUUCUUGCGGAAGUUCUAACAUUUAAUUGCAACAUUUUGAUAAACUUUCAACUUGUUUGUAAUAGUCUUUUAAAUACUUUAACCUCUUCGUGCGUGGUUUCCAAUAAAUUUGGUGUGUUUAUUGCUGUUGUUGUUUUCGUGAGAAACGCGUAGGUGGAGCGUGCUCCAGCAUGUGGCUAUUAAAACGGGACAUUUAACAACAGCUCGGAUUACGUGAAAAUUUCGCUUAAUUUUUUGUUUUUGUAAUGUUGACAACAGUUAUUUGUUGUAGUCGCUGGAGAGGCGUAGGCAACAGUUGCAGCCGCGGUAUGUUUACAUUGUGGCCGUUCAAGUGGACUCUGCUGUUGUUGCUCAUGUUUCUCAUUAACAAAGUGGCAGCCAAGUGGCCACCUGACUCACCGCUGCGCUACUAUCCCCAACAUUGGCCUCGCCAAUACUAUGACGACUUUGCAAAUUUUGAUUCGCGAAAUUUCGAAAAUGAAAAAUCUAUAGACGGAAACGGAAAUGCCGUAUUUGGCAAAACAAUCGCAGAUGAAAUGUCGUUGCAAGAUUUAUUGCAAUCAAAUGAUAUUGAAAUUCCUGACGAGGAAAGACGUCAGCGGCAAAUGCAAUGGCUAGGCAGUUGGUUAUUUGAACAAAGACGACAGGAAGCGUUGCGUACGCAACAACAAAUAGGUGAGACGGAAACGUCACAACAGCAGCAGCAGUCAUUAGAACCGGCGCAAAAGCAACAACAAUCGGAGCAACAAAAUGAUUUUGACAUACCCGACGCAGAUGUGGUCGUCUACAAGAAGACACCCGAAUUUAUGCCAGGUGAGAAGAAGAAACUUUUACCUGAAAUGGAUAAAAGUGAGAACGACAUCACCGUGGCUGACGCGCUGAAUGAGGAUGGAGAGAAACAUGACCGAAUAUUUGACACAUUAACGGAUUAUGAUUAUAAAUUGGAUAUGAGUGGGGAUAAUGGACGAUAUAAAAUUGAACAACCAUUACGUUCCAAACGUAUUUUAUACGCGCGUAAUCUUGGUCUGGAUUCUGGUUAUAUACCCUACACAGCAUAUCAGCACGAACGACAGCAAGCGCUUAACGAGGCAAAGAAAUUGGCUUACAAGCGCAACAAAACCGGUAAUAUGGAUCACCGGAAUUUUCUGCCCUCUAUAAGCGCUGGCGCCAUGACCCAUCUGGGCAACUUCUUUACGGAUCUUUCGAAAAAUGUGCGCUACAAUGAGAAAUCACGACCGUUGAAUCACGAGGAGGCGAAAUUGCUCGAAGGUCAUCAUCCUUUGCGGCAGCUGCAUGAGAGAAUGGCCGGUGAACAUGAGGCAAAUGCGGAGUUGUUGCAUGCGAUUCGCACAUAUCGACCCUCACAGAAGAUACGCUCUUUGGUGGCUAUGAACCCUCGCGGCUAUCAUGGUUCACAAUUCAUCGAUCCCAAUUACAUGUGGGUGGGUUUGGGUAAAUAGCGAUACGCGCGGCGGCGUUGUGGUAGUUGGCAUUGUGCCAUUGAUCCACCUUGUUGGCAUGGAGUAAGAGAAUGAGGUUCUCAACUGCCCUGCUCUCCUUCUCAUACACUCCACUUCACAUCCCACCACACCCCACCACACCGCGUUUGAAGAGUUACAACGAAACACCAUGGAUGCAAAUAUGUUAAUUAGAAUGAAGCAAAAAUGUCUGUGAAUAUGAUUGGCUGAAGUCUUUUCCAUCCCAGAGUUUUAUAUAUUGAAUAUGUGCCGAUGUGUUGCAUUUUUUCUUUUAAAUAAUUUUCGAAAUAAUUACGAGUCAAAUGUGUGUGUAUGCUCCUUCUCCCCACCUAAAAUUCAGCUCAUUAUAUAUAAUAUCUUUAAAAUGUGUGAAUUUAUUCGUAAACAAAUAUUCAAAUGGUAUAUACAAAGAUAUAUUAGUAGCUGCAAAUCGUAAAAAAAUAUAUAAAACUCACCUAAAUUGUUAUUUUUGAAGUGUAAACUUGCAAUGCAAAUAAAUGCGUUUAAUAUUCUAAAAAAAGAGGAUAAUGAUUUAUGUCAUAGCCUGAAAGUUGAAGGUGAGAUU